AUGAAUAAAUUUAAUAUUUUAAAAUUUUACAAUAAAACAGUACCAUUUAUUAAUUCUUGUAAAUUCAAUAAUAAUAAUUUAAUUAAAAGAUCAUUUUGCACCACCAAUCAUCCAGAUCACCUUUCUAAAAAAUUCAAUGAAAUCGAAGAAGCAUUUGAUUUUAAACUUCCACCAUACCAACCAAUUAUAAUAAGAUUAGAUGGAUGUUCAUUUUCUAACCUAUCGAAAAAAACAAAUUUAAAUCUUCCACAUGAUCAAAGAUUUCAUGAAUCAAUGAAAUUGGUAUCACUAGCUUUGGGCAAUCAUUUUAAAGGAACCAAACUAAUUUAUUCAUUCUCUGACGAAAUUAAUUUAUUGGUGUGGAAUCAUUUUCCAGAUAGCCAAGUUUAUUCAAAUAGAAUUCAAAAACUUAAUUCAAUAGCAUCAUCCAUUGCAUCAGUUACUUUUUCAAACUCACUUUCAAAACAAUUAAAUAAUGAAAAUAAUGAAGAAAUUAAUAGUUUUUUCGAUUCUAGAGCAUUUGUAGUUCAAGAAGAUGAUAUUGGUGAAUAUUUUUUAAAAAGAUAUAAAAGAUGCUACUCAAAUUGUUUAACCUCAAUAAUUUCACAUUACGAUAAAAAUAAAGAAUAUAACGAAUUAAAAAAAAAAGAAACAGAAAAUAACACAGGCGAACUUAGUAGACAUAGUUUAUAUAACAGAGAGAAAUUUAUACAAAAUAAUUUAAAUAUAAAACUAUCGCAGUAUCCAGAACAUUUUAGACAUGGUAUUAUUUUUUAUAAGAAUCAGAAAUCUGGCUGGGAAAUGGAGUCGUUCCCAAUCUCGCUAACAUUUAUAAAUAAUUUAAUAAGAUAA